AUGACGAUAUUCCAUGACACGUUGAAGCACGCGGCGCUGCUGGCCAGCCAAGCGGAGAUCGAGUCGACGCAGUACCCCGUUCGCGCGUCGCCCUACAAUCUGUGGCUGGACAGCUACACGCUCUCGACGCCUCUCACCAAGAUGACGGUCAAGCUGCUCGCUCCUGUGAUCAAGAGCGUGCUCACGUCGCACACCAAGCCGCUGCUGCCUGCACGCGCGGACCAGGCGGAUCUGGUCUACCCCUUCAAGAACAACCCGAGCUACGCGCUGUUCGAGUCGGGCUCCCCCGAGACUGUGAAGAAGGUGCUGGCACGCUGCAAGCAGGAAGGAGUCACGUACUCCGGAGCGGUCACUGCUGCGGUGAUCUUGGCCUACUACCACGCCUCCCAGCCGCACCAUCCCGUGGCGCUCACCGACAGCUUCAAGGUCACUCUCACUAUGAGCACGAACCUGCGCACGCGGUUGCCGACUCCCGUGCCCGAGGACGUUGUCGGCAGCUUCGCGUCUCUAGUGCCUUUAGACAGCGCGAAAAGCCCCGGCACCAACGGACUCAAAUCUCCAGUGGCGGCCUUAACGGACAUCUUCAUGGACCAGAACUUCAACUCGGCGUCCGUGCCCACAGCGUUCUCCAAGCACGUGGUGAAGAGCUCGUGCACUGGAGACGUCAACAUCUCCAACAUCGGCCGCUACCCGUACCCGAUGACGCACUCGCUGGGUGACGCCGGCGAACUCUCCGUCGAGUCGCUGUUCCUGUACGAAUCUGUCCCCUUCUUCUCCAUGGGUACGCUCAUGUACGUCUCCACGGUCAAGAGCUUCAACUACGCCAUGCUGCACAAGCACGAGGACAGCGACGCCGAGAGAUUGUUCAAGGCGUAUGUCGCCUUCGCUGAGCAUAUCGGGGAAGUAGACGCCGAGGCCACGAUGGCCGAUGUGCUGACCCAAGUGAAGCCAAUUCUGCAGUAG